AUGCAAUUUGUCAACACUAACGGAGCAAAACCUUGGGGCUGGUCGGAUAGUAGUCAGACGGAGAGUAUGGUGACUGAAGGAUUCACUGAAGAGCCGUCGCCAGAUACAACAACCAUAGGGUCAUCGGACUAUGGAACUACCGAAUGGUAUUGGUCGGAUUAUGGUCUGACGGAUGGUAUGCCAACUGAAGGAUUCUCUGAAAAGUCGUCGCCAGAUACAACAACCAUAGUUUGCACGUCGGAUUAUGACAAUUCGGUGACUGAAGAAGGGCCAUCAGACUAUGGAACUACCGAAUGGUAUUGGAUCGAUUAUAGUCAGUCGAAUGAUUUUACAACUGAAGAGUCGUCGCCAGAUACAACAACCAUAGUUUGCACGUCGGACUAUGAUAAUUCGGUGACUGAAGAGCCAUCAGACUAUGGAACUACCGAAUGGUAUUGGUCGGAUUAUGGUCUGACGGAUGAUAUGCCAACUGAAGGAUUCCCUGAAGAGUCGUCGCCAGAUACAACAACCAUAGUUUGCACGUCGGAUUAUGACCUGACAGAUAGUAUUGGGACUGAAGAUUCCAGUAUAGCACCAACUACACCCGAUAUGCCUUACUGCACACAAACUGAGUUUCAGUGCAAUAACGGACACUGCAUUCCCUCCGACUGGAAAUGCGACGGCGACAACGAUUGUGGAGACAUGUCUGACGAAAAUAACUGUGAUUAUACAACAAUCAUAGCUUGCCAUUCGUAUCAUGACUCGUGGGAUAGUGGUGUGACUGAAGCACCAACUACACCCUAUAUGCCUACCUGCACACAAUCUGAGUUUCAGUGCAAUAACGGACACUGCAUUCCCUCCUACUGGAAAUGCGACGGCUACAACGACUGUGGAGAUAUGUCUGACGAAAAUAACUGUGAUUAUACAACAAUCAUAGCUUGCCAUUCGUAUCAUGACAUGUGGGAUAGUGGUGUGACUGAAGGUAAGGAGAUCAAAAUCAUAUAG